GAAGGGAUAUUCCAGACUUCAUUUUGAACAAGGAGGCAUAUUCACGUUCUACGCUCCUAAUUCCUAAAAGUAGAGGGAGAUUGAGACCGUUAGUUAGAGAAAGGAGCGAGAAGAGCAAAGGUACCUCUGUUUCUCUCUCCUCCCCAUAGACUAGUACCAAACCCUCUCUCCUGUAUGACAGAGAAAUAAAUUCUGGCAAAUUCUCUCUCUCUCUCUCUCUCUCGCUCUCUCGUCUGAUUAGAUCGACCAUAGAUACAGUACUAGAUCAACCAUAGAUACAGUACUGGAUUCUGAGAGAGAUAAAAUUGUCCUUGUAGAGAGAGAGAGAGAGAGGGGGGGGACGAUGGAGGACGUGGCGGGUUCAUCCGGAUCCAUGAUGCGAAACGCAGCCGCAACAACCACGACAUCUUCUCUCUCUUCGUAUUCGUCGACGUCGUUUUUUACGAAUUACCCGCUCUUCUCCGCUCUAAUUGCUUUCGCCAUCGCCCAAUCCAUCAAGUUCUUGACCACAUGGUAUAAGGAAAGACGAUGGGAUCUCAAGCAACUUAUUGGAUCUGGUGGAAUGCCAUCUUCACAUUCGGCAACUGUUACUGCUCUUGCUGCAGCCGUUGGUUUUCAUGAUGGCUUUGGAGGAUCACCAUUCGCAACUGCAUUGGUCUUAGCAUGUGUUGUAAUGUAUGACGCAUUUGGUGUAAGGUUACAUGCUGGUCGCCAAGCAGAGGUUUUGAAUCAAAUUGUUUAUGAACUGCCUGCUGAACAUCCUCUUGCUGAGAGCAGACCCCUACGUGAACUCCUUGGGCACACCCCUACACAGGUAAUUGCUGGCAGUUUUCUGGGACUUGUCACCGCGAUAGUUGGUCAUUUUAUCGUUGCAUCUGGUACAGCUUGAUGCAUGAUUGAAUCCCCAAAAUAAUAUGAAUCAGGAAUGCAAACUUCCACCACGACAUACAAGUGUUCUCAAAUCCUAACUUCAAGGCGGUUUUAUGUGUGACUUUGUUAGGAUAUUCUUGUACCAGAUGGCCCUGUCAUCAGAAGAAUUGUAGACAAGAUGCACUUUAUUUUAUUGGAAUUUUUUUAUAGCACGGAAGAUGUUAUUUUGGCUUCAAAUUGGUCAGAAUACACAUUUUGUGUUACGUUUACAUUGUGAAGCUAGGACUCUUGUUUAGAUGCAGCUGCAGCAGUGAAAUUAGUUGAUUGUGGCUUGUGGGCAAUUUGUUCUCUGUACUUACUUGGAAACAUUGGGGGGAAACGUCAUCUUCCGAUUGUACGUGCUGUUUUUUCAUUUUCA